CCCUUUUUAUACACACACAUGCGUAUCCAUUACCACUACCACUCGCACAUUAGGGUUUUAUGCGCUUCGCCGAACCUAAAGCAGAAAAGCGCCGUUCCUUCUUAAAUUUCCAAUUUCUCUCCCAAUCAUGGCUACCCAAAUCAGUAAGAAGCGCAAAUUUGUUGCAGAUGGCGUUUUCUAUGCAGAACUGAAUGAGGUAUUGACUAGAGAAUUGGCUGAGGAUGGGUACUCUGGUGUUGAAGUUAGGGUUACACCGAUGCGCACUGAGAUCAUCAUCAGGGCUACUCGUACCCAAAAUGUUCUUGGUGAGAAGGGGAGGAGGAUCAGGGAACUGACCUCUGUUGUUCAGAAACGUUUUAAGUUUCCUGAGAAUGGUGUGGAGCUUUAUGCUGAGAAAGUUAAUAACAGGGGUCUCUGUGCAAUUGCUCAGGCUGAGUCUCUUCGUUACAAGCUUCUUGGAGGCCUUGCUGUUCGCAGGGCUUGCUAUGGGGUCCUGAGAUUUGUAAUGGAGAGUGGAGCAAAAGGAUGUGAGGUUAUUGUGAGUGGAAAGCUCCGAGCACAACGUGCCAAAUCCAUGAAAUUUAAGGAUGGGUACAUGAUAUCCUCCGGCCAACCUGUUAAAGAGUACAUUGAUUCAGCUGUUAGGCAUGUUCUUCUUAGACAGGGUGUGCUUGGUAUCAAGGUCAAGAUCAUGCUUGACUGGGAUCCUAAGGGCAAGGUGGGGCCCAUGACACCAUUGCCUGAUCUGGUUACCAUCCAUCCUCCCAAGGAAGAUGAGGAGUAUGUUGCUCCACCAGUAAUGACAGCCAAUAUUGAGAUUCCAGUAGCAUAAAUUAUGUGGUUGCUUCCUCUUCUCUACUAUAUAUGAUUAGUCGCAUUUUGUAGCCUCCUUGUACGAACCAAUAUUUGGUUUUGGCUUUGUUAUUUUUAAGCUUUCAAAGUUGUCCUUUUUGGCUACUAAAGUUCGUCGCCAGAUGAUUUAAGAAGUGCAUUUUUUUGUC